AUGGGUAGUAUUCAUUAUCAUCAUCAUCUGAAGGCUGGUGUCUUGUUGCUUUUGUAUGUGUUGCUGUCAUCAUCAGUGAUUCCUCAUGUCCUGUGUUCAAACUUGAAGGAGGAGAGUCGGACGACGUACAUCGUGAGGGUCCAACCUGGCAUGAAGCCAUCGGGUUUUGCACACGCACGAGAUUGGUACAGAGCCAGCCUCAAAGGAAAUUACAAGCAUGACGAGGAGAGGUUUGUUCACGUUUAUGACAAAGCGUUCCACGGCUUCUCAGCUCGACUGACGAGGCAAGAAGCUGCACAGCUUUCAGGCCAGCCGGGGAUCAUAUCCAUUACGCCAGACCGCCUUCACCAACUCCACACGACUCGCUCUCCUACUUUCCUCGGCAUUCAGUCGGAGUCCUCUGCCAGUGACAGUAACGGGCAGCUGUCGGAGUCCGAGUUGGGGUUGAAUGUGAUCAUCGGCAUAUUCGACAGCGGCAUCUGGCCCGAACACCGAAGCUUCCACGACCAAGGUCUCGACCCCAUCUCUCCCGACAUCUGGAGAGGGGAGUGUGAGGAAGGCGAGAACUUCACGAGAGCCAACUGCAACAACAAAAUCAUUGGGGCCAGGUUCUUCUCCAAGGGUUAUGAAGCAAAUGAAAACGGCCAACUCGAGGAAUUCAAGUCCCCACGAGACUCCAUUGGACACGGCACCCACACCGCAUCCAUUGCCGCCGGCAGAGCCGUCCCCAACGCCACCUUUUUCGGCCACGCCACCGGCGUUGCUUCCGGGGUCGCCCCGAGAGCACGCAUCGCCGUCUACAAAGUCUGCUGGAAAAAUGGGUGCAUGGCUUCCGACAUCCUUGCCGCCUUCGACAAGGCCAUCUCAGACGGAGUCCACAUAAUCUCCUUAUCUCUCGCCUCCGUGCAGGUGCCGUUCGAGAUCGACCCAACUUCUAUCGGGGCCUUUGGAGCCAUGCAGCGAGGCAUAUUCGUGUCUGCCUCUGCAGGGAAUGAUGGCCCGGGCGAGAGGACUGUCUCCAACAUCGCCCCGUGGCUCACGACCGUCGGCGCCAGCUCAAUCGACAGGCGGUUCCCAGCAGAUGUCGUGCUCGGGGAUGGGCAGGUCAUCGGUGGCGUGUCGCUCUACGGCGGUGGCCCACUCCUCCCCAACGACACCCUUCUCCCCCUCACGUACACUAACAGCUGCAACGACGGGUUCAGUGGCGACGAGGUACGUGGCAAGAUCGUCGUCUGCCCUCGUGGGCCCGGACAAUUGGGAGAGCCCAUGGCUGACGCCGGGGGCGCUGCUGUGGUCAUCAUCGGCGGCUCCGUCUUCCAGGCCGAACCUCACGUGCUUCCGGGCCUCACCAUAGAAGAGUCCAUGGGGGACGCAAUCCUCCGCUACAUCCACUCUUCAGGUGCCAAUGCCACCGCCACCAUCGUCUUCCACCCCACGGAUCUCGGCUUCCAUCCGGCUCACGCCCUUGCUUCCUUCUCUUCCAGAGGCCCCUCAUUCGAGACACGCUACUAUCUCAAGCCCGAGCUGAUUGCCCCGGGAGUCAACAUCCUCGCCGCCUGGCCCGACGGCCUGUCCCCGACUGGCCUUUCCUCAGACACGCGCCGCACAGAGUUCAACAUCCUCUCCGGCACUUCCAUGGCCUGCCUCCAUGUCUCGGGCAUCGCCACCCUGCUCAAGGGGGCCCACCCUGACUGGUCCCCUGCCAUGAUCCGCUCUGCCAUGAUGACAACCGCCUACACCCGAGACAGCCAGGGAUGGCCCAUAUUGGACGACGGGGCAGAGGCAUCCGUGUGGGCCAGGGGGGCUGGCCACGUGGACCCGCACAAGGCCACCGACCCCGGGCUGGUGUACGAUGUGACUGCUGAGGACUAUUUCAGAUUGCAGUGCCUCCGCCUUGCCCCCCCAGAGGAUGACGAUUACGGCGCCAUCUCCAACAGUGACGGUGACGGCCACCCUCUCUAUAUUGGCUGCAGCAGCUCCCAACCAGCUUUCGACAACGCCGCCGAUCUAAAUCUUCCGGCCGUCGCCACUGUUCUCCAAUCGGAUAUCAGUCCCGUCACCAUUAGUAGGACCGUCUCCCAUGUCGCCGAGGGGCCUGCCACUUACAACGUUGCUGUCGUUAAUCCCUCCAAUGGCCUCAUGCAUGUCACCGUCAAUCCCAGCACCAUGGUGUUCAAGGCCAAGGGCGAAAAGCAGAGCUACUCGGUCACCAUACAUCCCAUCACCGUCUCUCAAGCAUUCGCCAACAUUAUCUGGUCAGACGGCCUGCACAAUGUCGUCUCCCCCGUCGUCAUCUCCUGGAAUUAA